AUAAGAGCUAGUGUCUCUGCAACAGCAGGCCCAAAAAGCAUCCUUUACUUUCCUUCACUCCCACCCAUUUUGUACCAUAAAAACAAAAGACAAACAUUUUUGUUCAGUAUCCUAGACUGAUAACCGAUCAUCAGUGAUCACUACUAUGUCCCAUCCCAUCUUCUUUCUCACUUUACCUCUUUUUAUAUUCCAAAUGUUCAUGUUUAUGUCACACCCUCCCCCACAUUCAAAUUCCUUUACCCUCUUAUAAAACCACAAUCUUACAUUUUUAUUCCAUUCCAACAUUCCUCACAAACAUGGCAACAACAAACAUUGUCCAAGAAAAACAUAACCAACAUGAAAAGUCACAAUCACAACAAGAGGAAGAUGAAACAUUGUCUCUUUGUGAUCUUCCAUUAUCUCUGAACAACACAUGUAAAGAACAACACUCUCAGAUCAAUGAAACAACACAAGAAGAAUUCAAUUUCCGUUCUUGGGUUGGUCUCUUUUCAACCGAACCAGAAAUGUGUGUAGCAGAUGAAAUUUUCUUCCAAGGACAAAUCCUCCCUUUAUCGCGUCUCUCGUUUAGCUCAGAAGCUGGCUUUUCAUCCAAUGAUCACGGUAAGCAAUUCAAAUCAAAGCAAGAAUCUUUGAGUUUUACCAACGGUUGUUUCAACGAGUUUCGUAGCAAUAGUAGUACAAGUCAAAACUCAACCACAUCAACUAGCACUAACUCAACAACAACAACAACAACAACAACAAAUCCAAUAGUUUCAAUUUCAAAAAUUUCAAAAACUUCAAAAACCAAAGUUAGAAACCAGUUUCAUACACAUCCAAGUCCAAAGCCACAGCUAAAAUCAUCAUGUCCAAGAAAGUCUAUAACUCAAAGUAGAAAAUCAUCAGUUUGGGAAAUUUUCCGUUUAGGUGUGGUCCCUACACCAGAAAUAGGACUGCAAGACCUAAAGGUUCGUAGCAGUAAUCAUAGAAACUGUGUAAGUCGGAACAGUAGUAGCAGUAGCAACAGCAAUAGUACUAAAAGUGUGAAAAUGAGUGAGAAGAAGAACGAUAACGGUGGAAAGAGCAAUGAUGUUUUGAAACGCUUAGUUGGUAAACGAGGUGGUUUGUUGAGUGGUUGUGAUUGUUCUUUUGAAACGGUGGUGAUCAAUGGUAGUGGUGUUAAAAGUGGUUACAAGACAGAAAGUACUACGAAGCACGCUGUUAAAGAAAAAGUGAUGGAGUGGAAGAAACAAAAGCAAAGGCAAAAGCAAGGUAAAAAGGUUAUGUCACGUCGUAGAACGUUUGAGUGGCUUAGAGAAUUGCAUGCAAAUCAUCUUGAUGAAGAGGCUUUGUUGGCAAACUCGUCAUGAAUCAUAUGAAUGUCGUGUUGGUGUAAUCUAAAUAGUCUGAUCUCAAUUGACGGUACCUUGUAAUCUAAAUUGUCUGAUCUUAACUGGCGGAUCUUGAGUCGCCAGUAACACUAUUACAAUGACACUGACGCGUCAAACUUAUUAUGAAUUCAAAUAUGCAUGAUAUGAAUUAUGAAAUCAAAUUUUAUGUAGCAUGAUUAUAGUUUAAUUUAGAUUUUUAGAUUAGAUUGCCUUUUGGGUUGUUACUUUUAGUUUACCUUUAAUUUGAAUUUGAUUAUAAUAUUGUAGUAGUGCAGGCUAAGCAAUGAAAAUUUGUU